AUGCGUUUCACAACCAUCGUCCUCCCCGCCCUCGCCGGCUUCGCAUUCGCAGCGGAAACUAACCCCGUCGCCUCCGCAACAUCCGCCGCCGCAUCCAUCGCCUCUUCCAUGGCAUCAUCCAUGUCAGCGUCCGCAUCAUCCGAGUCCACCAAGACCGAGGCAAAGACCACCGGCACAGAGACGCAAGCAACAUCCACUGCUACGGGCGGAGCUGUUGCUAUCGGCGCCGGCGAGGCCGGUGGCGUUGUGAUCGCUGCUUUGGGGAUUGUUGCUUUGAUGCUGUAG